GCGCACCCAGUAAGUUCACGCUGAACGCAAGCAGUUGUACACACAUCGACAGCGAACUGUUUUCCCCCCUCCACAAUGUUUCGCAUGCUUUUAUCUCGUCCUUUUUGUGCCAAAUGCUCCCCGCUGGCAGCGCCACGCUCUCUGAUGACCCCGCAAGCAGAGGGUGUUUUCAUUCGGACGCAGCGGCGUUUUGUCGGGGGCACAGUCAUUUAUAAACACCGAUCAAAGUCCAGAACCUGGGUGUACGGGGUUGGAGUCGGCAUCGUUUUAGCUGUGGGCCUAAAAUACAGCUCUGACCCCGCAAACAGCUCAUGCGAUGACAAGGUUAAAACAGCACAAAAGUCUCAUGCGUAUAGAGACGCCAUAAAAGCGAGCAGAGACCUCCUGGAGCGGAUAAAGGUAGGCAAAGAGGUUGAGGUCGGAGCUCCAGGACUGGUAGUUGGGGUGGCAGUGGAUGGUGUUCAAGUGUGGUCUGAAGGGUUCGGAUACGCUGAUUUGGAGAACCGUGUCCCGUGCUCUCCUGAAACGGUGAUGCGAAUCGCCAGCAUCAGUAAGCCCCUCACAGCGGCGGCUGCUGCGCGGCUGUGCGAGGAAGGAAAGCUGGAUCUCGAUGCCCCCGUCCAGAAAUAUGUGCCAGAGUUUCCUCAGAAGCAGUUUGAUGGAAAAGAUGUUACAAUAACUUCUCGUAUGUUACUGUCGCACCUAAGUGGAAUAAGGCACUAUGAGAAGGACCCAAAAAAAGUUAAAGAGGACAAAGAGAAAGCCAAGCAACGUCUAAAGCCUCCAGGUAAACAGAAAGAGGAUGAGAAGAGCUGCUCCGAAAGCCAAGAGAAACCCGGACCAGAUCAAACCUCUAAAGACAAACAAUCCCCUCCGGCUCAGAGGAAAAAGGAGUUUGAGCACAAAGAGUAUUACUUAAAGGACAAUUUCGAAAGUGUAAUUCAAGCCUUGGACCUUUUUAAGGAUGACCCGCUCAUUUUCCAGCCGGGCACCACUUUCCUGUACUCCACUCACGCCUUCACACUGCUGAGUGCUGUUCUGGAGCGGGCUGCGGACCAGCACUUCCUGGCUCUCAUGAUGAACAUGUUUCAGGAGCUGGGAAUGCUCAAUACAGCUCCAGAUGAGAAUGACCCCAUUAUAUAUCACCGCUCCAGAUUUUACCACCUGAACAAGCGGGGGCGAGUCGUAAACUGCCCAUAUGUGGACAACUCCUACAAAUGGGCCGGAGGCGGCUUCCUGUCCACCGUGGGAGACCUGCUGCUCUUCGGUAACGCUCUGCUCUACAGUUACCAAGUGGCCCUCCUUAAGGACACCGAGGGCCUGCUCCCUGGGUUCCUAAAACCCAAAUCGGUCAUAGAGCUGUGGACCCCGGUCGACAAGACAGAGGCCAGCUGGGAUAAGGACGGACUGUACGGCCAGGGCUGGCUGGUGGUGGAGAAGCUGCAGAAGUACGGUCAAUGCAGGAAGCGCAGGCAUUACGUGUCCCACACAGGAGGAGCUGUGGGGGCCAGCAGCGUUCUCCUGGUGUUGCCCAGUGAGGAGACAGAGCAGCGCCGGGGACAGAGCGUCCUCCUCCCGCAGGGGGUGGUGGUCACCAUUAUCACAAACAUGCAGUCUGUGGGACUGAACAGCACGGCGUUAAAAGUCGCUCAUCAGUUUGACAGAGCCAGAAACUUGCGGGAAUAAUUGGUUUAAAGUUCACCCGAAAGAUGUGGCUGUAAAUUGUAUCGUGUGUAGUUUUUAAUAAAGCUUUUUUUUUUUAAUCCAGCAGAGAAAACUGUUGACCCAUACCUCAUCUCAUUUUUUUUGAAGCGUGUAGAAAUUUAAAUAUAGUCCACAAGACAAUAAUGCUGUAAAGUUAUAAACAACUUUUAAGUUUCUAUUUAGUAAUAAAGUCAAAGCUUUUUUUGUCCUAUUGAAAGGACACUCCAAGGUGCUUCUUUAGAUUUUGGUUAACUUUUGUGCAUCUUUUUUUUUUUCUGUCUGAUCCCAUCCUGGUAAAAUCAUAUGAAAGCCCGGGGUCAAGAGAAGUCAGUGUAUGAUUGAUAGUUUCUAUUGGCGUUUGAUUUUCUAUUCAGGUAUGCAUACUGCAUUGGCAGCAUGCUUUGAAUUAUUCUCACGCUGAAAAAUGACGCCAGUUGACUCUCCGUCUAGUUCUUGUGUCAUCUGGCAUUCCUCAACCUUUUUCCUCCUUGCUUCCUUUAUAAAGAAACGUUUCACACCCGCUGAAACCAAUGAAGCAACUCCUGAGUUUCAGUACAAGGGUGGCUUGGGUAGGUGGAAUCACGGAAGAGCCAAACAGCCUCUCAGGUCCUCUGUCAGAUCUCUACAGGAUUAAUUUAUUUUACUUUUUCAGAAUUUGAUACUGGAUACUGGCCAUCCAUGUAGUUUCUUUUAGGCUUUCCACCUUUCCUUCAGUCCCCACCCCCUGGUUUAUUAAUUCUCCUUAAGGCUGCUCAAACCACUCAGAUUCAUGCAACUAAUCCUUGUUUCUGUAUCAUGCUUCUAAUGAGUAAAGAUGUUGUUUUUG